UGCAGAUCAAGAUGACUUCCAGCGGCCACCUCAGAAGAAAACGAAUCGCGACGCUGCUGAAGCUUCAAAGAAGUCAUUUGCAUGCCCAUUCUUGAAGAAAGACCCCAUGGAACACCGCGACUGUUGUACGAGGAAGCUGAGCAGGAUUCGAGACGUCAAGCAGCAUCUGGCCCGAAGACACACGCCAGAGAGAUAUUGUCAGCUCUGUUUCGAGACGAGCUUCGCGACUGAACGCAGCUUGCAGAACCACCUCAAAGAGCGAUCAUGUUCGAGCCAAGACCCCUCUACGCUCAAGGGGAUAUCGUAUGAUCAGCACCGGCAGCUUUCCAAAAAGUCCAACCCUGCUCUGGGCGAAGAAGGCCAAUGGUUUGCAAUCUGGGAUGUCAUUUUCCCCGAGAGCCCUGAUAAGCCGGUCUCGGCGUACAUCUCCACAGGCCUGUCUGUGGAGAUGCGGCUCUUCCGCGAGUACAGCUAUAGCUCUGGCCCGGCCAUGCUGAGAGAGCAGAUCAUGUCAGAUCCAGAUUGUAUGAGGCAGGAAAGUACGGAAGAAGACCAACAGAGGUCACUAGAUCGAGUCAUUACCGAGGGCAUCACUCACCUGCUUGAUAUGUGGCGGUCGGCCCAAUCUACUGGCGCGACGUUGUCGAGCAACCAAAGGAGCAACAAUCCACAACCAGGACAGGCAACACCGCUGAGCUCCAUUGCGGACAGUGGCUUUGCAACUGAGAGUCAUAUGUCGUCUUUGGAAAACGGAUCGCAAGUUGAAGGAAGCGGUUCACAUGUGAGCAUGAUGAACAUCACUUGCCCGCCACCAGCGACCAUGACGGCAGCGGAAAGACAAACUUCAAUACCAUCAUAUGACAUGAUGAUGGAAUCAUCCGACAUCCAUGAUCCACAGAACUUGUUUGGGUUGUUUGCGAACAUGGACAACAUGGGGGAUUUCAAUGCAAACGGGAACGAGAUCGGGUUCGAUACGUUUGAUCAACUACAAGGGAACUUUGGAGGCUUUGAGUGACAUUUGCGUCUAGCAAAGAUAGGGAACAGGAUGAGGGGAUGUAGUGAGCCUGAUACGUGCUUUAAAAAGGAUAGCGGUGGUGUACGGAGUAACUGGUUGUACGUAGAUGUGUUCAGUGGACAUGGAGUAAUAAUAGCUGUGUGGUCGCUGUUGCUGAAUUGAAACCACGGCGAAAUCAUUGUAAUUUAAAAAGACUGGAACGGCCUUGUUGGGAUAUAUUAUGGCGGGUAUUGAUGGAUUUGAUCCAUGACCA